UACCAGUCCCAGAAUUAAAAAACUGAUAGAGAGAGAUAAUAAAAGAGUGAGAGAGAGAUUGCUUGAAGAAGACGACGACGAAGACAAAGUCGGAAACUUUCUUCUCAUUUCAAUUAAAAAAACCAUUUUUUUUUUCUUUCUGGGUUUUUUUCGUUGUUGUGUGAUUGCGCAAUUGGUUCCUUAUCAUUUGCUCUCGCAAUCAUUAUCAUUUCUUCUAAAUCAACACGCUCAAUUUCUCAAUUUUAUUCUAAGAAAUUUCCUAGCUUUUUUGGGGUUAGUUCCUGUUUCAUCCGUGAGAUUUGAUUGCUUUAAACGCCGCUCAGAUGAGAUCAUGAGAAUUAGGAAGAACAAAAGAGCGGAAAUUAGACUUCUUUGGGAUUCGGUUGGGAUUUAUUUAGUCAGCUUCGAGUGAGGAGCUGAUGAUGGAGAACGGUCAUGAGGAGAGAUUGGCCGAGAAAUUUUCUGGAGUGGGACUUGAAGAUUCUUCUCGCUCGCCCGAGAAUGAGUUCAAGAACGACAACUUGUUUCAGGUUAUCAAAGCUGUUGAAGCAGCGGAAACCACCAUCAAGGAGCAGGUGGAGGAGAAUAGCCGUUUAAAAGCUGAACUUGAGAGAAGUGCUCUGGAGCUGGCUAAAUAUAAAUCAGAUGAAUCCUUACCCCAAACAUCUAAUCUUGGAGAUCACUCAGCUACUGCCAUUGUGUCCCCUCUGGUUGACCAACCAGUUGACUGGAAGCAGAGUGUGAUUAAGACUUUGGAUACUGAUUCCUCAGGCAUGCUGGUUGUUCACCCCCAUGUGAAUGGUAAUGGCGAAGAAGCUACUCUGAGUAAUCGUUUUGAAAAGCAGGGAAAUUUCGUUAAUGGCAAUUUCAGAGGAGCUAUAAAUGGUGCUGAUACCUCUCAACUUGAUUCUUCAUUAUCUCCUAUGAGAAUGCGGUUAGAAGGAGAGCAUACAGUAGACAUCAGCUCGUCUGCUCAUGGAUCAUUGCCAGGUGAUGGAGUAAAUAAUUCAGGCAAUGCAUGGAAGCAGGACCUCAUUCUCAAGGUCCAGGAGCAGGAACAAGAAAUUUCGCAGUUGAGGAAAUAUCUUACUGACUGUUCCGUUAAGGAAGCCCAAAUUCGCAAUGAAAAAUAUGUUCUGGAAAAGCGAAUUGCCUACAUGCGUCUGGCAUUUGAUCAACAGCAACAAGAUCUUGUUGAUGCUUCAUCAAAAGCUCUCUCUUACAGACAAGAGAUAAUUGAGGAAAAUAUACGCCUAACAUAUGCCUUACAGGCUACACAGCAAGAGAGAUCUGCAUUUGUAUCAUACUUGUUACCUCUUUUGUCGGAGUAUUCUCUGCAACCACAGGUUUCUGACGCUCAGGCUAUUGUUAGCAAUGUGAAGGUUCUGUUUAAGCAUCUACAAGAAAAGCUUCUUCUUACUGAGAGAAAGUUGAAGGAGUCAGAAUAUCAAUUAGCACCUUGGCAGUCAGAUGUGAACUACUCAAAUAAUUCCCCUUUGGCUCCACUACGCUCAGCUGGUGUAGCGUUAACCCACUCUACAAAGGAUUCCUUGUAUUCCCAUGAUCACACAGCCGUAGACUGGAAUUUGGAGCGCCAGCAUCAAGAUGAGCCAAGUGGCUCAGCUGUGACGAAUUACCACCUUGAUGAGUCUAGUACGUUUUCACCUCUUGUUAACCGUCAGUCGGCAGCCUUUGAGAUGCAUGUGCAACCAGGUACGAGUAUGGAAGAAUCUCCUGGUCUGAAGCAAGCAGAUGAAAUUCCACCUAAGCAUGUCCAAUUUCGUGAGCCUAUCAGCAAGACAGUGAUGGACGAUGCCCAUAAUCCAUCAUAUGUGUCUGCGUUUGAUGAUCCAAGCUCCUCAAAUUCUCCUCUUUUGUCCCCCGUUCUUGAAGAACCUUCUUCCUCCUUUUCUGAGGCUGGGGAUGAUGACCCGUUGCCAGCUAUAGAGGACCUCCAAAUUUCAGGAGAACCUUAUCCUGGACAUGAGCUUCAGGCUUGUGGUUACUCCAUUAAUGGAACAACAAGUUGUAAUUUUGAGUGGGUAUGUCAUCUAGAAGAUGGAUCUGUGAAUUAUAUUGAUGGAGCAAAGCAACCAAAUUACCUUGUCACUGCUGAUGAUGUUGAUUUAUAUCUUGCUAUUGAAGUUCAGCCUUUGGAUGACAGGAACCGAAAGGGGGAGCUUGUGAAGGUUUUUGCCAAUGAUAAUUGCAAGAUCACUUGCCUUCCAGAGAUGCAGAGCAAUAUAGAGAAGACACUUCAUACUGGUCAUGCUUCAUACAGUGUUUCCCUUCCGACUGGUUUCCUGGAUAUAUGGGAAGCAGCUACGUUAUCUAUCAAGAGAGAAGGUUACAGCAUCAAGUGUAAUAACGAUCUCACAGUUGCAGAAAAGUUCUCAGCUUCUACUGCUGUUACAAUUCCGUUCGGGCAACCUGCAGAAUUUGUUAUCAUUGGUUCUGAUGGUAGUGAGCAUUCCUUACGAACAGAGAAUGGAUCGACAGACCUUAUCGGCUCAAGAGAUGAAAUAGUACUCACCCUGAGAUUAUUUAUCAAGAGGGCUCUGCUGAGGAAGAAGGGAAAGAAGAGAGUAUUUUUGUUUAACAAGUGAUGAGAUUGUAUAUAAUAUUUUUUUGGCUCUCUAGCUCUUAUGUUAGCUGCGAAUCAAUUAGUUAGUUAUAAGGCAUUUGUGAAACAAUUUAUCCAUGAGAAAAAUGAAUAUUUGUUUAUAUAAAUAAUCCCACUUAAGUUACAUUUUGAUCUCA